UGAUCAAUACUCCAUUGAACAACAUCACAAAUUAAAAAGAAUUCAAAUGGCUGGCCUUAAGAUUGUCUCGCUCUUUGCUCUCUUGUCCGCGGCAUCUGCUGGACAUUUAGGCCACUUCAAAGCUCCCUCUGGGUACAAUGCAGUUGGAUCAAACUCUUAUCAUCAUUCAUCGGCUACGGCGGCUGCGUCAGCUUCAGCUUACAUCAACAGCUAUAGAGAACUUAUACCAAUAAUCAAUUAUGAAAAUAUUAUUAAUAGUGGUGAUGGCACUUACAAAUACAGUUACGACGCGUUAAAUGGCAUAUCAGCGCACGAAAGUGGAGCUCCACGUGCUGCUGGCCCUGAAGGUCCCGCGGUGACAGCCGAGGGUGGUUUCUCAUACACCGCCCCUGACGGUCAGCAGGUGUCCCUCACCUACACCGCUGACGAGAACGGCUUCCACCCCGUCGGCUCCCACAUUCCUACACCACCUCCGAUUCCAGAAGCCAUCCUCCGCUCCUUACAAUCGAACAGGCAAAUUCCUUCAUCUGGCAACGGUGCGUACAACGGUCACUACUGAAAAGCCUUAACAUAUCUACACAGGACUAAACUGCUUACUACCAUGUUUUAAAUCAUUAUUGUACAGAGCAUCAUUACUUACUUUUUAUUUUAAUGUUAAUUUAUUAUGUCAAUU